CACAUGACUGUUAUUUACUAGCGAUAUUUACUACUAGUUCGUAUAAAGGAAUAUUUGUUAAAUUGGCUUGCCAUACAGUCAUUGUUCGCUUGACAUAUUUGUUCUUUUAACUGUAGGAUUCCAUUGUCAGACGCUUUAUCAUGACUGAUGGUGAGGGGAGAGAACACUUUCUUUACUUGGAGAGAGGAGAGGUAAGUGUUCCCAUUUCAGCCCUGUACCGGGCGCCCUGUUCCAGUGAAGAGAUCAGCGAUGAGGAGGAAAAGAGCAGCACAUGGAUCCCGGUCCAUGAGAGCUCUCAGGCACAGGGGUCUGGGGCCCGGGACCCCACUCCAGAUUUGGUCUCCGAUGAGGAGGAGAAGCCCCCCUACCCGAUGCUUGCGCCUGUGGUGUUCUUCUGCAUCAAACAGACCACUCGUCCACGUAGCUGGUGUGUCAGGAUGGUUUUCAACCCAUAUCCUUUAACUAAUAUUUUCAUCUGA